ACUGCAUAUACGUUUUCUCUUUUUCGGUGUUUGGAAUUUCGCAAAAUGACCACGUCAGCCAAAACGACCUCGUGGUGCGGCGGGCCCGCCAACGAGGCACCGCCUAGCAGCACCCCGCAGCACGCUAUUUCUCCGACGCUGGCGGAUAUUCAGGCAGGGUGUCACAGCAGCGACACUCAAAAAAUAAGCGACAGUAGCAGCAAGGAUAAUUUGGGCGUCGCGCAGCAUGAAAAGCUCCGAAACCCAGACCCUAUCGCCACGCAUAAUGAUGAUGCUAGCACCGGUUUUCUCGAGAGCAGGCCUGCAACCCAAGCCUGCCGCCGCCAGUCACCGCAGCCUCCACGGGGCUAUCGCGACGCACAUCGCGAAGGUCAACCAGGCAGCGCACCCGGUGGCAGCGGCUGUGGAUGAGCUUUGACAUGCUGCCGCUGUUUUCUAAAUUCCGGUUCGCCAUCAUGGUGUUCUUUGCGAUAGCCCAGAUUCUCACUGGCAUCAUUAUCCUGGCGAUUAGCGCGAGCGAUAACGAGCGCUGCGACCGCCCGCUGCGCGCGUUCGUGAUAGCAUAUAUCUCCGACGAGCUGUGGGCGUCGGUGGGCGUUGGGGCGUGGAUGAACCGGUUGCGCAAAUUACUCGACGUUGGUGCGUUGGUUGUGUUUAUCCUCGGCAAUUACUUUGUCUUCACCAGCUCCAACUGCGCACGGGAGGCGCCGCUGCUCUACCACGUUUCGCUGGUCUAUAUAAUCCUGGGAUAUCUCCUCCUGGCGACACCGGUUCUCCUGUGUGUUUUACUCAUAGUCUCCUUCCCCCUUAUUCUCAUCCUCAUGCGCCACUUUAGAUUUGGAAUUUAUGCUAAGCGCGGUGCCGACUUUGGCGAGAUCUCAAAGAUCCCCCUUGUCAAGUACACCAGCCCGCUCGCUGAGCCCGCCUUCCCAACAAUCUCGGCUUCUUCGCCGCCGUCUUUGCACGGCGUGCAGCUCAACAGCCAGAUUGCGGGCAGCGAGAUCCACGAGCACUCCUCUCAUGGACCCAUGCACACACAGUGCCCGCAGGCAUCGCACUCUGCGACCUCCCUGCACUCUCUGCCUGCCGAGCAGUCGCACCAUAGGCGGUACGGCUUUGGGCGCAUCCACCUCAUGAGCUCGUUCUCACGCCUUGCCAACCGGUUCUCCAAGAACCGCCGGCAGCGCAUCGAGGACAUGGAUAUGUACAAAAAGCAGCUCUCCGGCCCCAUCCCGGAGUUCACACCACAGAAUGCCAAUGACGAUAUGUGUGCCAUCUGCCUUUGCGAGUAUGAGAAUGGUGAUGUGCUCCGUCUGCUGCCCUGCGGUCACCACAUGCACCAGUCGUGCGUUGACGAGUGGCUGCACAUCAACCGGACCUGUCCGCUGUGCAAGCGGGUGGCGACCCCCGGUGCUGAGAGCGAAGAGGCAGCCGCUACUGCUGAGCACUCGGCUCAGACAGACCCUGAGCCUGCUGCCGGAUGCACUGCCUCGCCCGCGCAAUCGCCACGCCUUUCGCCCAUGGCCAGCUCCACCAAUCCCGAUUUUACGGCUAUCACUGUCGGAUAAGUUCUCAGUGACCACCACCCUUUGUGCCUGUUAGUCUCUGGCCUGCUACCACUCUUACCACAAUGUUGGCAGGUGGCUUGCCUUGUGUACAUAAAUAUACUUUUAUCUUUA